GCAAGUGAAAGAAAGUUUGUGAUGUUUACACUUGAUCGUAGGAAUACUUUUCUCACUUUUGAAAAGAAGAUCAUGAAUCUUUUUCAUUAGCUCAUGUAGCAAGAUAAGUGAACAUUAAGGGAAAGCAAAGACAUUUUCAGAAGUUGUCUAGAAACUGAACGUUUUGAUCAAAGCAAGUCUUCAGCUGUGGAGCAGAAAGACACUUCCUUAUUCAUAGUCAGUGUUGGAGAUCAAACUUUUCAAAUCCAUCAUGAAUGAAACACAAACAUCUGGAGAUGAAGAUUAUAUUCCAGGCUGCAGUUCAGUUCAUCAGAAGAGAUCAGAAACAGAGCCCAGCUGUGUGUCUGUGAAGAGUGACUGGUCUAUGGAUCCGCCACUGUUGUUGAAGAGUGAAGAUUCACAGCCUGGACUCAGUUCAAUUCAUCAGAAGAGAUCAGAAACAGAGUCCAGCUGUGUGUCUAUGAAGAGAGAGACAUCUUUGAUUCAGUCUUUAGAUUUUAAGAGACGAGAUAUACGGCCUGUUCUCAGUCAUGAAGUCCUCAACACAUUUAGAUCAAAUCUGCUGAAGAAGUUUAAGUGUCUGUGUGAGGGAACAGCGACGCAGAGAAACACAACACUGCUGAAUGAGAUCUACACAGAGCUCUACAUCACAGAGAGUGAGAGAGGAGAGAUCAAUAAUGAGCAUGAGGUGAGACAGAUUGAGACACAAUCCAGGGGAGAAGCAACAGAGGACACAGCCAUCAAAUGCAGUGACAUCUUCAGACCUUUACCUGGACAAGACAAAGACAUCAGAACUGUGCUGACAAAGGGAGUCGCUGGCAUUGGAAAAACAGUCUCUGUGCAGAAGUUCAUCCUGGACUGGGCCGAAGGGAAAGAGAAUCAGGACAUCCAGCUCAUAUUUCCACUUCCUUUCAGAGAAAUCAACUUGAUGAAGGACAAAACAUUCAGUCUUUCAGAUCUUCUUCACGUCUUUUUCCCUGAAACUAAAGAAAUGGAAAUAUCCAGCGAUGAAUAUAAAGUGUUGUUCAUCUUUGAUGGUCUGGACGAGUGUCAUCUGUCUCUGGACUUUAAGAGCAAAGUGAAACUGUGUAAUAUAUCUGAGUCAGCCUCAGUGGAUGUGCUGCUGAUGAACCUGAUUGUGGGGAAUCUUCUUCCCUCUGCUCUCAUCUGGAUCACCUCCAGACCAGCAGCAGCUGAUCUCGUCCCCUCUGAGUGCGUCCAUCGAGUGACAGAGGUACGAGGCUUCAAUGAGCCACAGAAGGAGGAAUACUUCAGGAAGAGGAUCAGUGAUCAGAGUCUGGCAGACAGGAUCAUCUCACACCUGAAGUCCUCCAGGAGCCUCUUCAUCAUGUGUUACAUCCCAAUCUUCUGCUGGAUCUCCGCCACUGUUCUUGAGAAGAUCUUGAGUCGAGCAAAGACUGGAGAGAUUCCCAAGACUCUCACUCAAAUGUACACACACUUCCUGAUCCUUCAGACCAAUAUCAAACAUGAGAAAGAUUAUGAGAAGAAGGUGACAGAUGAAGACAUGAUCCUCAAACUGGGGAAACUGGCUUUCCAGCAGCUUGUGAAAGGAAACCUGAUCUUCUAUGAUGAAGACCUGAGAGAGUGUGGCAUUGAUGUGACAGAAGCAUCAGUUUAUUCAGGACUGUGCACUCAGAUCUUCAGAGAGGAGCUGGGCUUGUUUCAAGGGAAAGUCUUCUGCUUCGUUCAUCUGACCCUUCAGGAACAUCUAGCAGCUCUAUAUGUGCACCUCUCCUUAACAAUAAAGAAGACAAAUGUGUUUGACCAAACCAUACAAAGUUCUUUCUCUAAAGCCUUAAACCGGAGGAGGUCAUUAUCUAAGCUCCAUCAGAGAGCUGUGGAUGACGCUCUACAGAGUAAGAAUGGACACCUGGAUCUUUUCUUGCGAUUUCUUCUGGGUCUAUCAGUGGAGUCCAAUCAUACUCUCUUAAGAAAUCUACUGACCCAGACAGGAAGCUGCUCCUACAACAAAAAGGAAACAGUUCAGUUCAUCAAACACAAGAUCAGGAAGAAUCAGAGAAAUUCAGAGAAAUCCAUCAAUCUGUUUCACUGUCUGAAUGAACUGGGUGAUUAUUCACUGAUGCAGGAGAUCCAGGGUUAUCUGAAAUAUGGAGAAAUAAGAGAAACCAAACUCUCCUCUUCACAGUGGUCAGCUCUGGUUUAUGUGUUGCUGACAUCAGAGCAGAAGAUGGAUGUUUUUGAUCUAAAAAGGUUUAUUGGAGAACAACAUACAGGAGAUGAAGUUCUUCAGUAUCUGUUACCUUUGGUCAAAGAAUCCAGAUCAGUUUGGCUAUGUGAAUGCAAUCUCACUGCUCAGUCUUGCGGAAGUUUGUCUUCAGUUUUACAAUCCUCAAACUCAAACAUCCUGAGAGAGCUGGACCUGAGUAACAAUGACCUGCAGGAUUCUGGAGUGAAGCUGCUCUCUGAAGGACUGAAGAGUCCAAACUGUCAUCUGGAAAUUCUGAGAUUGUCUGGCUGUUUAGUGACAGAGAAAGGCUGUGGUUAUGUGUCUUCAGCUCUGACUUCAAACCCCUCAUACCUGAGAGAGCUGGAUCUGAGCUACAAUCAUCCUGGAGAUUCAGGUGUCAAGCUACUCUCUGAAAAACUGGAGGACUCAACUUGCUCAUUGGACAAACUAAAUGUGGAUCAUGGAGGAGAAUCCAAGAUCAAAGCCGGAAUUAAGAAAUAUGAGUAUUUUUUCACAUUGGAUCCAAACACAGCAAACACUCAACUCAUUCUGUCUGAGGAGAACAGAAAGGUGAUGUGUGUGUCUCAGUCUCAGCUGUAUCCUGAUCAUCCAGGCAGAUUUGAUGAAGUGUAUCAGGUGUUGUGUAGACAGAGAGUGUGUGGACGCUGUUACUGGGAGACUGAGUGGAGUGGACGUGUGUUUAUAUCAUUGUCAUAUAAGAACAUCAGCAGGAAGGGACCGGGUGAAGAGUGUUGGUUUGGAUCUAAUGAUCAGUCCUGGAGUUUGAUCUGCUCUCCUCACAGAUACUCAUUCAGACACAAUAAGAUAGAGACUGAUCUCUCUAUGAAGCCCAUCAUCAGCAGAAGAAGAACAGAGGUGUAUGAAGAUAUCUACAGAGUAGGAGUUUAUGUGGAUGAGAGCGCAGGAACUCUGUCCUUCUUCAGCGUCUCUGACACAAUGAGACUCAUCCACACAGUCCAGACCACAUUCACUCAGACACUCUGUCCUGGGUUUUGGGUUUAUUCUGGAUCAUCAGUGAAACUGUGUUGAUUCUACCCAGAAUGCUUUGAGCUGCAUGAUGAAUCAGUAACAGUGAGAUGUUAUGAGUCUCUUAAAGACACUAAUACUGCAGCUCAACUUCUAUAAAAACAGAAAUAUAAGACUUAAUAAUUAAUCUAAAAAAUAGAUAUAAAAGAAUAAAUGUGUCAGAAAUAGAAAGAUCUGUGUGUGUGUGUGUGUGUGUGUAGUGUCUCAUCAAUCAUUUGUUUUAUUUCUGUUUCAAUGUAAAAAUGUCACAAACAUAAUUGAUGAAGAAUAUGUCAUUGAUUUCUCUAUUGUUUCUGCACUGAUAAAUCAACUUGAUCAGGUUUUAAUUGAUGUGAGGAAUCAAUAUUCAUAAUACAAACAAGAAUGAAAUGAGCUUCUGAUUUUAUAAAAUAUGACAUUUAUCACAGCAUUUAAUAAAACAUUGUAACAACAGUAAAUUUGUAUUAUCUUUCAAUAAAUAAAAUAAAAUGAAUUUAUUUGAAAAUAUUUUUUUCUGAGUUUUGCAGUUAAUGUAAUCACAGUGUAAUGAACCACGCCUCUGUGGCUCUCUCCGACGGCCACCGGAGGGAACCCUGCCCAGAAUAUUAGUCCCCGGAACUACAUUUCCCAUCAUGCCUCUUUCCAGCUCUAAUUACCUGCCCAGGUGUACCUUGUUAAGACUGCUAUUUAAGCUGCAACCAGCCAGAACUCUUUGCGAAGUCUUAUCCUUGCUCUGGCUGAUAAUUUUAAGUGUUUGCACUAUCGUUGGUUUCCUGUGUUUGACCUUGUUCUGUGUUGUCGUUUGCUGCCUACCCAUUGACCUAUUGCCUUUACCUCGACUCUGACC